UAGGAUCCUAAAGUGAAUUAUGUGGACAUUGGUGGUGCUUAUGUCGGGCCAACUCAAGAUCGUUUGCUUCGAAUGGCUAAAGAGUUCGGAAUAGAAAAUUAUAAAGUUAACGAAAUUGAAGAUUUGUUGCAUUACAAAAAUGGAACAAGAAUUCGUUUUCGACCAAAUGCAGAUCCUAAACGUUUCAACCCUUUUGUUAAUAUGGACAUUAACAAUAUUUUUUAUCUAAUGGACAAAAUGGGCGAAGAAAUACCAGCAGAAGCUCCAUGGAAUGCACCGCAUGCAGAUGAAUGGGACACCAUGACUUAUAAAGAAUUCCUAGCACAAAACUGUUGGACAAAGUAAAUAUAUAUUUUCAUUU